AAAAACAAGUGUAUCGUCUGCAAAAAAAAACAUAAAAAAAAAAAACCCCUAUUUAAGGGUAACAAUAACAUAAAAAAAAGAGUCUUCCACACAACAUGCGGGACCCAGUUACCCACUGCAUUUGCAUCUGAAUUUCAAUUUCCAUCUACAUUCCACUUGAAUUUGCAUUUGUCCUUCAAAUUGCUUACCAGUUGGCCAUGGAAGUGGUGUGACACAGCGUAAGGCCCAACCCCUUAUUUUGACCUUUGACCCGUGUGAACUUUCUCACAGAAGAAAAAAAAGGCAAGAAGCAAGAAGAAAAGUCACACUUUCCCCUCACUUUCCUCCUCAAAGCACCCAUCUCCAGCACAAAAUCCACAUACAUUUAUAUAAAUACACAUAUAUCCAGGUAGCCGAGUUUCCUCACAACUUCAGUUUACAAUCCCAAUAAUUCUUUCAAUUCCAAGUCUUCCCAAGUCCAACAAGGGACUUAUCCUUUUACAUCACAAGGUUCAUUUGAUGUGCACUGGACCAAGAAGUAAUCGCUACCCUUCUCAGCUGAAGAUGGAGAAAACCUUGUUGUCACAUGAGGUCAAAACCUGCUCGAGCCUGCUUGAACUCGCCGCCGCCGACGACUUAACCGGUUUUAUCCACGAGAUAGAAGUAAACGGCUCGGACAUCAACGAGGCGAGCUUCUGGUACUGCAGAGCCUCCGGCUCGAAGAAGAUGGGCCUCCACCUCAGAACCCCUCUCAUGAUAUCCUCCUCCUACAACAGCACACGUGUCCUCAAGUACAUAAUCGACUCCGGCAAGGUCGACGUCAGCCAAUCCUGUGGCUCCGACGGCGCCACCCCUCUCCACUGCGCCUCCUCCGCCGGAUCUUGGCCGGCCGUCGACCUCCUGAUCUCCGCCUCAGCCGAUCCCGAAGCCACAGACUCAGCCGGGCUUCGUCCAAGGGACGUUAUUGGGCCAAGAUUCGGGCCCAUCCCUGGUGGGCCCGGGCCCGAAAAGAGGGAGAUUCCUCUGCUGCCGGACAUCAACGAGGGGGUUUACGUUACUGACGAGUUCCGAAUGUACAGCUUCAAAGUCCGGCCUUGCUCCCGAGCCUACUCCCACGACUGGACUGAGUGCCCGUUCGCCCACCCAGGCGAGAACGCCAGGCGGCGGGACCCACGAAGGCACGGCUACACUCCUGUCCCUUGCCCGGAAUUCAAGAAAGGCUGCUGCCCAAAAGGGGACAGCUGUGAAUAUGCGCACGGCGUGUUCGAGUCGUGGCUCCACCCGGCCCAAUACCGAACCCGACUCUGUAAAGACGAGACGGGCUGCUCUCGAAGGGUCUGUUUUUUCGCCCACAGGCCCGAAGAGCUCCGCCCGCUUUACGCCUCAACUGGGUCGGGCCUCCCUUCUCCCUCAUCGGGCCCGAUUAGCCCGCCCGUCUCGCCUUCUGUUGUCACCUGCUCGUCUCCUAUGGCCCGCCUCACUCCUCCUCCCCUGCAUCUGUCGGGCAGCAGCCGGUUGAGGACAGCUGUCAGCGCACGGGACCUCGAGCUCGACUUCAAGCCGACGAGCCUCGAGAGCGUGUUUGGAAUUGGGUCACCCAAGAUAAGCAGUGGGGCCCACAUUCGUUCGAGCUACCCCUCGAGAUAUGGGUUCGACUCGUCCGCAGCUGUGGCGGCGGCCGUUAUGGGGUCGAGGUCGGCAGCUUUUGCAAAACAACGAAGUCAGAGCUUCAUUGACCGGGCUGGGUCGAGGGGGAUUUCUGGGUCGCCGGGCCCAGUUGGACCCACCGUGAUUUCAUCGGGCUGGGGUUCGCCGGACGGGAGGCUGGACUGGGGGUUUAGUGGGGAGGAGGCGAAUAAGCUGAGAAAGUCUGCGUCUUUUGGGAUUCGGAGUGGGCAGGUGGUGGGCCCGUUGGAGGGUGAUGGGCCCGAUGUUUCGUGGGUUAAUUCGCUGGUGAAGGAUGUGUCGUUGAACACGGCGGCUCAAUGGGUUGAGCAAAUGUAUAUGAUGGAGCAGGAGCAAAUGGGUAGAUAUUAUAAAGGGAACAAAAAAAAUGAUCAGGAUUUGUCAAAAUAUGGCGUGCUUUGUGCCCGC